AUAUCUGUGCAGCAAUCAGAAAUCAGGCAGAGACAGCGAUCGCGCUGAAUGGAUCUACCUAAGAGCUCUGCCAUCUCCUUUCUCUCUGUCUCUGUCGUUCUCUGGCCCCUGUGUUAUGUUUAGCGUGAUUUCAGGAGAUCUGCAACUAUUAGAAACCCCAGCCCCGUUCUUCUACAAACCCUCUUGACAAAGUUAUUUGAACUUAAGAUCUGUUCUGCGCUUUUUGAAGAUGAAACGUUUGGCUCUAUAUCUGUUGGCAUUCUGGUGCUAUGUCUGGCAAACACAGGCUGAAUUCUUCACAUCAAUAGGUCAGAUGACAGAUUUAAUUUAUGUGGAAAAAGACUUGGUGAAAUCUCUGAAAGAAUAUAUAAAAGCAGAAGAGAGUAAAUUAACAAAAAUUAAAAGUUGGGCUGAAAAGCUGGAUCAACUGACACACACAUCAACCUCUGACCCAGAAGGAUAUCUGGGUCAUCCAGUGAAUGCAUACAAACUCAUGAAGCGAUUGAACACGGAAUGGCUAAAACUAGAAAGCUUAGUUCUACAGCAAACUUCUGAUGCAUUCAUCGCUAAUCUCUCAAUCCAAAGGGAGAACUUUCCCACUGAUGAAGAUGAGAGUGGAGCUGGGAAGGCCCUUUUACGUUUGCAGGACACCUACAGACUGGAUUCUGAAAGUAUUUCCAAGGGCAAGCUACCAGGUGCACAGCAUAUUGUCUCUCUGACGGUUGAGGAUUGCUUUGAGCUGGGGAAGAUAGCAUACAAUGAUGCUGAUUACUACCACACUGUACUGUGGAUGCAGCAAACCCUUAAACAGCUGGAGGAAGGGGAGCCCAGUGUCAUAACCCAGGCCGAAGCUCUGGAUUAUCUCAGCUACUCCGUGUACCAGAUUGGUGAUAUCCGGCGUGCUAUUGAUCUGACAAACCGCCUAAUUGCAGUUGAUCCAACACACUUAAGAGCCCAAAGUAACCUCCAUUACUUUAAGAACAUUCUGCAUGAAGAAGGACAAAGUGAUCAAAGAACAAAUGAAGAUGUUUAUCAAUCCCAGUCAAAGGAGGAAGUCUACAGGCGUCCAGAAACCUAUCUAUCUGAGAUUGAUUCUUAUGAAUCUUUGUGCAGAGGGGAAGGAAUUAAAAUGACAAAUCGUAGGCGAGGCAGGCUGUUUUGCCGCUAUCAUAAUAACAACAACCACCCACGCUUAAUUAUCGCCCCAAUCAAAGAAGAGGAUGAGUGGGACAGUCCGCACAUUGUCCGUUACCAUGAGAUGCUGUCUGAUGCAGAAAUUGAAAAAAUUAAAGAGCUAGCCAAGCCCAGGCUGGCUCGAGCAACAGUGCGUGACCCUAAAACGGGUGUUCUAACUGUAGCCAAUUACAGAGUGUCAAAAAGCGCGUGGUUGGAUGAUGAUGAAGAUCCCGUUGUGAAUAAAGUCAAUCAACGAAUAGAGGACGUCACAGGCCUGGAAGUAGACACUGCGGAGUUACUUCAGGUAGCAAAUUAUGGAGUUGGAGGACAGUACGAGCCACAUUUCGAUUUCUCUAGACGCCCUUUCGACAGCAACCUUGCGACGCAGGGGAAUAGACUAGCUACGUUUCUAAAUUAUAAAGAGGAACAGGAUGCUUUCAAAGAAUUAGGCACUGGGAAUCGUCUUGCCACUGUUUUAAACUACAUGAGUGAUGUUCCAGCAGGAGGAGCCACAGUAUUUCCUGACUUUGGUGCUGCCAUAUACCCCAAAAAGGGCACAGCAGUAUUUUGGUAUAACCUCUUUAGAAGUGGAGAAGGUGAUUAUAGAACACGGCAUGCAGCCUGUCCAGUAUUAGUAGGAAGUAAAUGGGUUUCCAAUAAAUGGAUCCAUGAGAGGGGACAAGAGUUCAGGAGACCAUGUGGAUUGACAGAAGUGGAUUGAAUUUAUGAGCCUUGGCAUUAUCCCUGUUUACAUCCUUCUCUUAUUUUAUCAGGACAAACAAGCAGUCAGGAUUUGAUUUCUUCCCCUUCAAGUGCCAAUCAGCUUGUGCAUUCCACUUUGAUCAGAUCACGUUAUUUUCAUUCCAAAUGAUUUCUUUUCUCCACCCCUCUCCACCCCAAAAUAAAGACCCAAUGUUUCUCAAUGAGGGGCGAAAUACAUUUUGUGGUAUCUUCAAUUUGUCAGCCACUCCCUACAGGAACAUUGUUCAACCUAAGUGGCAACAAGUAUUCUUUGCUGUCUGGGAGAAGACAGCAACCUUUCCUCUCUCUGAAAAGAAGUGGAUAAAAAAUAUCAGAGCAUUCAUUCAUCCUUCUAUCCUCCUACCUUACGAAUUGUAGCAGAAGAAAAUGUGCAGUUUGGACUCAAGGUUCCUCCACUUGGAUACAGCUCCAUGCUUCUCCUGUUCUCACACAUCAAAGGCAGCUUUCUCUUCAGCAAUCUCUGCCUUAUAAGAGGUUUAAAACCUUCUUGAAGCAUUCCACUUAAGAAAAGUAUUGACGUGAAAAUUGUUUGGCCAUUCUAAUUCAAGCUACCUAUUUACGGAGGAGAUUCUCCUAUCAUCAUUUUGUCAAUUAAUUUUUGUUUUGUGAAAUUCUUCAAUGGACUUUCAUUUCUUUUUUUUCAGUAUCUGAUCACCUUUUGCAAAAUUACAGCAGUUGGGAUGUCUUUUAAGCGCUAAAUAAUGCAAAUCUCUCCUAAAUUUCAAAAAGAUCAUUUUUAGUGAUCAUCUUGAUUCUUUCCCAGUCUGUUGCACUGUGAAUGAGAGCUGGUUCCUGGAUUAAUAUGUAGCAUCCUAAGAGGAAGACCAUUCACCAUUUUCUAAGGCAAACUGAGAGGGAUAAGCAUCAGAUGGAGCUUUGUCAGUAUUUCUCACAUCCGGAGAAUGGAAGUAAGAAAGAUGGACCACAAUGUGCACAUGAACCUGAACAAUUUUGUGGAAAAACAUCAAUCAUUCCAACUUGAGCCUUCUCAAAAAUAUUGAUUUUCAUCAAAGAUUCAUGCUGAGAAAAUUAUACAACUUCAUACAAAGUCCAUAUCUGUAAUGUUCCUUUUUUUCCCUUAACCCAUCCAAGUUGGAAUCAUAACAUAGCUCUCCCCUCCCCUCCCCGGACUCCUGAAAGUCCCCCACAACCUUCAACCCCAGCGACAGAACACCUGUCACGGCCUAUUCAUUACUGUCAAUACAGAUAAAUCGAAGGUCUUGUAUUUUGAUAGUGAGCUUUCAUAUUCUUUGGGAAAACAGAGACCAAAUGAGGGAGAUGAACAAAGGGACCCAGCCAUCCAAAUACAGAAAGUAGCCCAGAAGACCCAGGUUCAAAUCCCAACAUCAUAACAUGUUUGAACAAGCUGAUUAAAAAUAUCUCAAAUACAGAAGCUACUCAAAUAAAGUAAUGUUGUUCAUUUCCUCAGGGAUAAAUUUGAAAAUAGUGGUCUAAUGCCCCUACCCAUGCACUAGAAGGGCUGGGUUCAAGUCUAACCUGUACUAGAGAUAUGUCGUAACAGAUUGAUUAAAAUAAGUAUAAUUGAAAAGUAGGGAAUUGAGUGAGACCCUGAUGAUAAGUUGAUUUGAGUCACUGCAUUAGAACACAUUUCCUGGUUUUCUGAUUCCUUUACUCAGAAUGAUUGGAGUGUGAAACUCCUAACCACAAGGAAUGGUUCAGGUAAAUAAAUUAGAUAAGUACAUGAGGGAAAAGGAGGUAGCGUAAUACACUGAAGUGUAAGAUGAAGGUGUGUGGUGGAGCCUCAUGUGGAGAGCAGAGCAGAAUGGGCUAUUUCAUUCUCUUUCUUCAUGGGUUGUGAGUCUUGCUGACAAAGGUCAACAUUGACUGUGAUCCCUAAAGAAGGUGGUGUUGAGGCUGCUUGAUGUGAUGCUAUGCAUUCCACAUAGAUUAUUCUGUGCCCGAAAGGGAAAACAAAAUAGAUCUUGCCUUUGCGGAUUCUAAAUGAGAAUCUGGUGAUUUUUUUAGUAAAGAAGGGCUUUGCCAGGACACAAUUUAAGACUUAAAACUUUUUAAAGUUUUAACAGGUCAGUUAUCUCCCUGCAGUUUUGUAUAACUUAUAUGAAAGCCAAGAUACUUAGUCACCUUUGUGACAUUGGAUCUUGAAACAGAAUCUGUCACCCUUGUGUAAAUGAACUUAAAUCUGCGGAAACUGGAAGGUUGAAUGUAGCCUGUAAUUUCUAUCUUUCAAAAGCUGUAUGCUUCACUUUGACUCCUGUGAAACCCUGAAAACAGCUUGAAUUGCUCUAAAUAUUUUCCCUCACCUGUCCUGUCAAUCACAUAGACUGUUGGGAACCCAUAGAAACACAAGAUUGCCUGUGUAAUUCUCUCUAUGCUGCUUUUACCAAUUUCACUCCAAAGAUCAGGGAUGGGAAAGUUCUCCUCUUCCUGCUAAGUUUGAUUGGGUCGUUGCAAUUGUAGAAUAUUGCUGAUGUUUGAUUUAAUUUGUCUUUUUAUUUUUUGUUUUUGUUGCAUAGAGUUUCUUUAAAUACAGAGUGGUUUUGUUAACUUUUUAAGGAAAAAUCUUAACGUUAUUAAAUUUGGUUUGGUUUUUGUUUGUAUGGAGCACAAAUAGCUCAAAAUUACUGGAGGAAGUUGUGGUCCAACUGUUAACUUUGUUAGGAUGAAUGAAUAAAACAAGAAAAUCAGAUGAAUGGG